CCUUCUUGUUUAUUCAAAUCAAGAUUAUUUGCUCUUCUUUUUUAGCUGUGUUGUUCUUGGUUUUGAUUACCACCCAACUUUUGAUGACGUUGCGAUUUUGCUUGGUAUUUGCUGGAUCUUGAGGGUUUUCUGUUCUUUUAGGGAUUUAAAUUCAAAGUUGCUGUCUUUUUUGUAAAACUUGUUUAACUUUUUUGUUGUCGAUGUUCUUAAGAUCGCUCCGAAUUCUUGUGCUCUGUUCUCUCUUCUUAAUCGUUUGGUGCAAAACUAAAAUAAUCUUGGGUCCAGUCUUGUAAAUUUGUGAUCCCGUAUUGCACAUCCGACAAUGCUUUAUUAAUGUUGCCUCUCUCUACGCACAUAUGAGGAUUUAGAAACGACAGUGCAGGGCAUUUUCUAAUAUUAUCUAUUUCAUUGCAUUAAGAAAGUAAUUUCUCAAUGCUGAGUUUUACCAGGACAAGAACUCAGCAAAGACACAAUCGAUCCAUGGCUUUGGGAGGCAUGGAAUUUGCAGACCAGAAGAAGAAGAAUGGGGUUUGUGGAAAAAUUAUAAUGGUUUCCACCCUUACAGCAUUAUGCAUUCUUAUGCUGAAGCAUUCCCCAAGUUUCAACACCCCUAGCCAAUUCGCCAUUAAUGAAGAUGGUGUUACUCAUGUCUUAGUAACUGGAGGUGCUGGCUACAUUGGCUCGCAUGCUGCUUUACGGCUUCUUCAGGAUUUUUAUCGAGUGACUAUAGUGGACAAUCUCUCACGGGGAAAUCUUGGUGCCAUUAAUGUCCUACAACAGCUAUUUCCAGAACCAGGACGACUUCAGUUUAUAUAUGCUGAUCUUGGUGAUUCCCAAUCGGUGCACAGGAUUUUUUCACAGAAUUCAUUUAAUGCAGUGAUGCACUUUGCUGCUGUAGCCUAUGUUGGAGAGAGCACUCUCGAUCCACUUAAGUAUUAUCACAAUAUCACAUCAAAUACACUUGUUGUGUUAGAAGCUAUGAAGGCUCAUGGAGUGAAGACUUUGAUUUAUUCUAGUACAUGUGCAACUUAUGGGGAACCCGAAAAGAUGCCCAUUACUGAAGAAACCCCACAACUUCCAAUAAAUCCGUAUGGAAAAGCCAAGAAAAUGGCUGAAGAUAUGAUUCUGGAUUUUCAUAAGACCUCAGAUAUGGCCAUCAUGAUUUUGAGAUACUUCAAUGUGAUUGGCUCUGAUCCUGAGGGAAGACUUGGAGAAGCUCCUCGACCUGAACUACGGGAGCAUGGACGGAUAUCUGGUGCUUGUUUUGAUGCUGCUCGUGGAAUCAUUCCGGGCCUCAAGGUUCGCGGAACAGAUUACAAAACUUCUGAUGGCACAUGCAUACGUGACUACAUCGAUGUUACUGAUCUGGUCGAUGCUCAUGUCAAAGCUCUGGAAGAGGCAAAACCUGGGCAUGUUGGCAUCUAUAAUGUUGGUACUGGAAAAGGUAGAUCAGUGAAGGAGUUUGUUGAGGCGUGCAAGAAGGCCACUGGUGUGCCUCUCAAAGUAGAAUUCUUACCCCGCCGGGCUGGAGAUUAUGCAGAAGUUUACAGCGAUCCGACCAAGAUCAAGAAUGAGCUGAACUGGACAGCUCAACACACUGACCUCGAGGAAAGUUUAAAGAUUGCAUGGAGAUGGCAGAAGGUGCACCCGACUGGCUAUGGUGAUCUUCUUGUGACAUCGGCAUAAGCUGGAAACAGCUGAGGGACUAACAUUGACCCCAUUGGCCAAGUUUUGGUAGUGCUGAGGAGAGCAAGCUGAGGGGUGGGCAUGUCUGGUGCGUUCUUUGGAAUCUAUCUAUCCAUCCACACAUUUCUAUAGAGAAGAAAUAGCAGGAAGCUCCUUGUUUGAAAGACAAAUAUAAUAGCUGAAUAAUAGAGAUUCUGAUAGGUAGGGAGCUCAUCUUGUAUCAUAUGAAAUCCACAGAGAGUAGUAGGAAAUAAAUAAUAAUGGGAGGUCCCCAAAUUGAUUAUUUAUAUGUUACAUGCAUAUUUAUUAAUUCAUCUUCAGUCUUUAAGCAUGA